AUGAACCGCUGCUUGAAACACACGGGCAAGAUCCGGAGGCGACUAGUGGAGGUCAAGAACCAGUCAUUCCGGCUGGCCAAAGUGGAUUUCAGUCACAAUGAGAGUGUGCGGCUGGCUACUGACGCCUUCUUGGAUGGCGGGGUCCAGUCCUACUUCAAGGCCCUGGAGGAAGAGGGAGAAGUGGACUUCCUGUCUUCGGAGGAAGUGCGGUACAUCGAGAGGAAUGCCAGGGAACCUUACUAUGCCAACGACACUCACGCUGAUGGAGAAGUUGGGCCAAAGCAGACGAACGACGCCAGGUCCAUGCAGUCAGGAACGUAUUUCCCGCUUGUUUCGGAAAACAGUGAGCCGGCCCUUUUCCACACAUGGAGCACAACAGAAAAGCCCUACCUGAAAGAGAAGUCAAGCGCCACAGUGUAUUUCCAAACCAAUAAGAACAGCAAUAUCAGAGACCUUAUACGCCGGUGCAUUAACAAGACAAGCCAGGUACGGGAACUGAAAUUUGGUGGGCAAGGGUACUAG